AUACAUAGGCGUGAAACGUAUUUCGUUUCUACUGAUUCCCGUCAACAGUUUUGACGUUCCCAACUAGGAAGAAUGGCGAUCAGAGAUACCUUGCGCUGGUUGAUCUCCUUCGGACUGGGCUGUUUUUGUUCAAUAUUCGUUUUGCUUGGUUUGUUUGUGUAUUUCGUGAGACAUCCCAUCGCAUUUUUCUCCCGCAAGAAACGAGAUGUGAUGCCAUCAGUUCUAAACGACCCGGACUUGGGAACACAUGGCUAUGUUCACUUGGCUGAUGUAAAGAUCCACUAUGUUGCCCAGGGAGACGAGACCAAACCGUUGAUGCUGUUUGUGCAUGGGUUCCCAGAGUUUUGGUACUCAUGGCGAUUCCAGUUGCGUGAGUUCAAGAACGAUUACAGGGUUGUGGCCAUUGAUAUGAGGGGUUAUGGUGACUCUGACAAGCCUUCCGGUGUUGCCAAUUACCAGAUGUCCAAGUUGGUGACGGAUCUUAAACAGAUCAUCCCUGCUCUUGGCUACAGAUCCUGUGUGCUAGUAGGUCUGGACUGGGGAGCAGUAAUUGCCAGAAUAUUCGCCUCUAAACACCCACACAUGGUCGACAAACUCAUUACAAUGAACUGUCCCCGUCCAGACAUUAUUCACAACUAUCUGGAGACGCAUAUGUUCGAGUUGAAGAAAGUAUGGUACAUUUUAUUCUUCCAAGUCCCGUUUCUUCCUGAGUUGAUGCUGCUAGUGAAUGACAUGAAACUUAUGGAAACAACCAUGGCGGGGCCUAAUGGUAAUCUCACGGUAGGAACACUUAGCACUGAGGACAUGGAGGCCUACAAAUACGCUUUAUCUAGACCAGGUGCUGCAACCGCUGUUAUCGAUUAUUAUCGAGCUUUUAUCCGGUUCCCUCCAAGAAAGAUCUCGAAGAUCUCCUGUCCGCUGCUGGUUAUUUGGGGCUGCAAGGACAUGAUCCUGGACAGAGACAUGUCCGCUGCUGCUGCUGCUGUUGUAGACAACCAAACAGUCAAAUACAUAGAGGAGGCAGGUCACUGGGUCAUGAUGGACACUCCGGACAUAGUUAACAAACAUAUGAGAGAUUUUCUAAAGUAAAUCUUUAUUUUGCCGUUAAAUGAUAACAAUUGUUUUGAGAAGAAAUGAUUAAUUCAUUCUGGUGAUUGCUCAAAACGGCAUCGGUGCUUUGCUUGCAAUCUAUUAUGCCAACGAAACAUGCAUCAUAUUAUCAUAUUAAUUUUUCCAUCAAAAGGGAUAAAUAUUUCGAUGUCAAAACAGUUAAGGAUCUUUUUUAUAACAUUAAUUAUCAUUUAAUAACUGAAUUUUUAAAGGAAAUAACUUGAUAAAUUUUGGAUAAUAUGUUUUGUAAAAAGAUAACUGGUAUUUUAAACAUGGUAGUAUAAAUUAGCAACAGCGAUUGUUAGUGGUUGAGGAUUUUAGAUCCUCGGAGGGGGUUAAAGUAUCGUAAAAUUAUUGUCCUCCUCAGAGAAUACGUAAGUCCGCAAACUUUCAAAACUGAACUUAAACUGACCAGAUUUUUAAAACGUAGUAUUUUUGUCCUUUUAAAGUUUGGCUAAAUAUAUCCUACAAUCGCCAGCGGCUGAAGGGGUGGUGUAAAUCCAACAAGGGUCAAUGCAGGUAACAAAGGUACCAUGGUCCCUAGUAUGGUGAUCUACCUUCAGUUGUUGGCGAUCUAUAGCCUGUUUUUAUAUUGUAUCGUUCUCUACAUUUUAGAUUUAAUUACCAGUUUUAGAUACAUAUCUGUGAUGGUCUGGUUGGUUUACUGUCCUUUGUCGACAGACAUUUUAAAUUGAUUACCUUAUUGUCCCCCGCCAUAUUCAGCAGCGUCCGUCCGUCCUGAUUCUUGUUAACGCGUCGCGAUAUCUCAUGAACUGUUGUACCCAGUGUCUUCAAAUUUGGUGACAGCCUACAUUGGGGGAUUACGCAGAUAGCAGUCGAUUUGGGUGACCUUGACCUUAUCUUCAAGGCCACCCCGACACUUUGGCCAUUUUUCAAACUUAUGUAAACGAGAUAUCUCACCCAAUGUCUUCAAUUAUGCCGACAUUGGGUGAUUAUGCAGACACCAGUCAUUUGACGCACGCACGCACACACACUGAGAUUGUCAGAAAUUCCGCUUGAGGCAGAUAUGAUAACUUGCAUAUUUGACUAAUGUACUUGCUAACUAUCUUUAAUUCUUAACUUUGGUUACUAUAUAGACCAGCCAACUUUUUUCUAUUUUAUCCUUUUAUUUAACCGAGUGCUUUAACGUCAUAAUAGUUCAGGGCGAAAGUGUGUUUUAUUACACUAUACAUGGUGGUAGAGCGAACUGUAUUUCUUUUCUAAGAUGCCAAAU